AAAUCCAUUGCAAUUAUCGGUGCCGGCCCUGGUGGCUUGGUCAGUGUUAACGAGUACCUCAACACCAAGCUGGAGGAUGGUACCCCAGCUUUUGAUAAAGUUGUCGCAUUCGAGCAGAAAGGAAGCGUUGGAGGUGUCUGGGUCUACUCUGAUGAACCUGAUGUCGUCGAGGAUGACUUGAUAAAGUCCCAGUAUUGGAACGCAGACACGGUCCACCCUGAGAUCAAGGCGCCAGAAGGCGUUGAGAACCACACUGUUGAUAAUCCGCUGGAAACUGCUCCAGCUGAUAAUGCACACCAAUGGAGACGUUCUGGUGUUUAUCCAAACCUGUACACAAACGUUUCUCGCCGUUUCCUUAGAUUCUCCUCUAUUCCAUAUACCCCAGGUAAGGAAAGAGAUGUUAUCGGCCCUCUCAUCACACACGAAGACGUCAACGAAGUCCUGGAGACGUUUGCCGAUGAGCACAAAUUGAAAGAGCACAUCAGAUUGAACACACAAGUUCAGGAUGUUCGUAAGGACGGCGACCAGUGGGUUCUCACUUUGAGAAAGACCGGUGGUGAUAAAGACGAAUGGUAUACAGAGUCGUUUGAUGCUGUCGCCGUGGCUUCAGGCCACUACUCCACACCAUACAUUCCGUAUAUUAAAGGGCUGGACACCAGAGCAAAGGGAUCCGUAUCCCAUGCCAAGUCAUACAGAACUGCUGAGCCAUUCAAGGACAAGACGGUCUUAAUCGUUGGUUCUUCCCUCAGUGGUGUCGAUAUUGCUCAGUACAUUGACCCUAUCGCUAAGGUUGUCUUUUCUCGUACGCCAGGUAAAGAGGAGAUCUACAAGUGGAUCACAACCGCUGCCGAGAAGGCUGAUACCAGACCUCGAAUCAAGGAGGUGAAUGGAGAUCUUGUUACUUUUGUAGAUGGCACUCAACUGGUUGUUGAUCAUAUCAUCUUUGCAACGGGUUACCACUGGCGCUGGCCAUUCUUGAACGACAAGUUGAUUCAACAGACCAAACCAGGCUAUGAGGGAACUACAACUUCUGCAUCCCGUGUUAAGGACUUGUAUUGGAAUAUCUUCAACAUUGAAGACCCAACAUUGGCCUUCAUCGGUGUUACUAUUGGUACUACAAAGUUCCAUUCACUUGAAGCAGCAGCAGCAGCAACUGCUGGUAUCUGGAGUGGUUCCAAGCAAUUGCCUUCAAAGGAGGAACAGUAUAAAUGGAUUCAGGAUAGAAUUGCCGAAACUGGUGACAACUUAUUCUUCCACUACUAU